UUUCAUUUCGGAAUCUGUUCAGCAGCGCAAGACUUGUUUUUUGACAUUUGUAUCGCAGAGUCAAGUGGAGAAUUUAUGGGCCCUGCCUUUUGUUGGCAUCAUGGGCGUUUCGUGAUAACUUAGAUUUGGCCCAAAAAGUAAUAAGCAAUUCGUUUGGAAAGCAACCAAAUUGGGAAUCAUAUAAAAAGACUCUGUCGACCAAAGUCAGUUAUCAGUCAACGUUCGUUCUCGACCAGACAGAAAUCAGCCAACAUGUUCAAGUUUGUGAUGAUUCUCGCCGUUGUGGGAGUGGCUACCGCCCUAGCCCCAGUUUCCCGCUCCGAUGAUGUACACGCUGAUGUCCUUUCCCGAUCGGACGACGUUCGUGCCGACGGAUUCGACUCCAGCCUGCACACCUCAAACGGAAUCGAGCAGGCCGCCAGCGGUGAUGCCCAUGGCAACAUCCACGGCAACUUCGGCUGGAUCUCACCCGAGGGCGAGCACGUUGAGGUAAAGUACGUCGCGAAUGAAAACGGAUACCAGCCCUCGGGAGCCUGGAUCCCCACUCCUCCUCCAAUCCCAGAGGCCAUCGCCCGCGCCGUUGCCUGGCUGGAGUCUCACCCCCCAGCACCCGAGCACCCCCGUCAUCACUAGGACUCGUCACCCGGAUCCCGGACCACUCCACGGACUGUUCUCCCGAAACAAAUCGCCCAAGUUGUUUAGCUGUACUUCUUGACUUUCAAAAAAAUACAUGCACUUGCUUAUAGCAGUAAAAAUGUGUGUGUUCUUCAUUGCACUUUUUAGGUAGUUCCUGUAAUAAUACGAGCUUUUAUACCUCUACCUUCGCUGGGAAUGCUUCCUUCUACCUUUUAUAUUCGAUUCACUAAAUCCAUUUAUCAAAAAUGAGUAUAUGUGUCCAUAAAGAAAAGAUGUGCUGAAUUAAAAAUU